CCUGACUGAUACAUGAUGACAACCCAAUUAAGGUAUGAGAAAGGUUCUCGAACCAUUCAAGUAUAGCUCAUUUCCCUUGGGUACUAUCACCGCGACGGGCUGGUUACAGGAUCAGCUGGAGCUCGAAGCAAAUGGACUAGCUGGCCAUCUCAACGACUUCUACCGCUUCGUGGCCGGAUCGACAUGGGUCGGGGGUAGCUGGGAGUACAGCACAUUAGACGAAGCAGCGCCCUACUGGUUCAACUACGUUGUUCCUCUCGCCUGGACCAUUGAUGACGCGCGCCUGAAAGCUCAGGCGAAGGAAUUUCUCGAUUACGUGCUUGACAAUCAAGCUGAAGAUGGAUGGCUGGGGCCCGAGAAAACUCACCAAACUCGAGGAAUAUGGGCACGUAGUCUGCUCUUCUUUGGCUUAGUGCAAUACGCACAAGCAGAUCCAUCCGAGACGGACCGGAUUGUAACAGCGAUGCAUAAGUUUACCAUCCUUGCCCAUUCUAUGCUCAAGGACAAUUUCACCGGCCUGAUCGAAAACACGACGCUUGGAGACGGGUUUGAUCCCUACGGCUUUGGACUAGCCCGGACGCAUGAGUUGCCCAUGUCGUUGCAGUGGUUGUAUGAGAACUAUCCACGAAACAACUCUGAAAUAAUCUGGGAGACUAUAGAGCUUAUGUUCGCUGGAGGCGUCGCCGGUGGUAAAGACUGGACAACCUUCUUCGUUGAGGGUGUUUUCCCUACCUUGGGAACACCGUAUAUCACGACCAGCUCAUUCACCCAUGGUGUCAAUUUAGCAGAAGGCCUACGGUAUUCCACGGUGCUCUAUCGAAUGAAUGGAAACUCUUCCUUGUUGGACCAGACUUCGUUAGCGGUGAACUUGCUCACCACUUACCAGUCGACACUUGCUGGGAGCAUCACGGCCGAUGAGCAUCUGGGUGGACUCAGUCCCGAGCGAGGUUCGGAAACCUGCAUAUCGGUCGAAAUGAUGUUCUCCAUGGCCUACCUGUAUCGGUUCUAUGGCACCAACGCGUACGCAGACCGAGCCGAGCGCGUCGCAUUCAACUCCCUGCCUGCAGCGCUAUCACCGAAUUGGUGGUCACAUCAAUAUGUCCAGCAGGUGAAUCAGCCUUGGUCCCGCAACCUAAGUGCCGUCCCUUUCGGGAACGUGAACUCCUACGCCAACAGCUAUGGCCUCGAGCCCAACUUUCCUUGCUGCACCGUCAACCAUGGCCAGGGUUAUCCCAAGUAUGUGGCCUCUUCUUAUGUGCUUGAGGGAGACAGCCAUGUGAUUCACGCACUACUGGGCCCCGAAACAUUGAGCACGAAGCUGGCUACAGGCAACGUGACCAUAGCAUGCACAACCAACUACCCCUUCUCCGGCCGACUGGAGUAUGCAAUCACAACCACCACCGACCUAUCAUUCUCCGUCCGUAUCCCUGACUGGGUGAACAAGACGAGCUCUCAGUACUCACUCGCUGGCGGAUCCUCCAAACCCCUCUCCUCGGACUCCAAUAACCUGCAAACCUUCAACCUCACCACGGAAACUACCCAGAUAGCUGUGGAGCUAGAAAUGGGCAUCCAGGUCACAAAGUCACCAACCAACGGCACCGCAGCCAUCUACUACGGCCCAUUAUUAUACGCGCUAGACAUAGACUACAACUCCACCUACCACAGCCCCCUGAACUAUUCCUCCUUGGAGCCACUGCCAGCAGACCAGAUUGUGGCGCAGACACAUGACUAUGUGCUCGACCCAACCUCUGCUUGGCGGUAUGCUAUCGACCCGACCUCGGUGACUGUUCAGCAGGUCUACGAUCGCGAUGGACAACUUCAAAAUCCCAUCUGGGCGAAAAAUGCCACCCCCGUUGCCUUGUUCGCGGAUGCAUGGCUGGUCCCCUGGGAGGAGGAUUCGGGGACCGCUGCGGUGCCCCCGAAAUAUCCUAAUGUUACUGGGUCACCGAGUAAGAUCAGCUUGGUCCCUUACGGCUCGGCAAAGCUGCAUAUUGCCGAUUUCCCUAUUGCGGUUCAGUCGUCGUAG